UUCUUUUCAUGCCUGAAUUUUCGAUCUGUCCCAAAUAGACUCAAGGAGUUCCACCUUUUACGAACUCCUCUUCAUCUAAAAUUUAGGUUCCAUUUUUGUUUUUUGGUUUGUCUUUUGGUACUUAGUUUAUUAGCUCAAGAGUAGCACUUCUAUUGGGUUACUUUCUUUUUUGUUUUGGGGUUUGGAAUUUGUUCUUGGAAAAAUGAAAGAAAGCACGGGAAACCCAUUGCUUAUCAAAUCUUUGAACCACAUCUCACUUGUUUGUAGAUCAGUUGAGGAGUCCAUAGGUUUCUAUCAGAAUGUUCUUGGGUUUGUCCCUAUCAGGAGGCCCGGCUCUUUUGAUUUUGACGGUGCAUGGCUGUUUGGGUACGGGAUGGGAAUCCAUUUAUUGCAAUCAGAGGACCCGGAGAGCAUGCCCAAGAAGACUGAAAUUAAUCCAAAGGAUAAUCAUAUCUCUUUCCAGUGUGAGAGCAUGGGUGCAGUUGAGAAGAAGCUGAAGGAGAUGGAGAUUUCUUACGUGCGAUCGAUGGUGGAGGAAGGUGGGAUUCAUGUUGAUCAACUCUUCUUCCAUGACCCAGAUGGCUUCAUGGUGGAGAUAUGUGAUUGUGACAACCUCCCUGUGAUUCCAUUAGCCGGCGAGAUGGCUCGAUCUUGCUCGCGCCUAAACGUUCAGAUGGUGCAGCAUCAGCAGCAGAUCCGAGUGAUUCAACAAUAAGAAACAAGAUUUGUUAGGUGGAGUUGUUGACAAUAAAAUUCAUGAGAACUGCUUGCUUGUUUUUAUUUGUGUGUCAUUUUCUAUUUGCUUAAGUCUUGUAAUAAGACAAGAUUUGACAGUGAGAACUCAUACAAAGUGAGGACUCGGGUUUGUUUAAAAACUUUUAAAAUUGGAAUUUAUUUAUCUGUCUUGCCUUUUUAAAUCUCAAA